UAAUACAAAACGCGGCGUUGCAUACGAAACCGAUUAGAACACAAAAAUCUAGCUGAAGGGAUAAACCUGGCCGGGAAAGACAAGCUGCGAACAAUGGUGGGUUCGAAAAGGUCCGUUAGACAUAGCUCUGUCUCCUGAGGUGCCCAAGAUAACGAAAACAGAUAUGCUUCUCCUUGCUCACCCCUGUAAGUCUUUCUCCUUCCCCGACUCGUCACUUCAUCUCGACAAUUUCAACUCACAAACCUCAGCGUCUGCAAAACCUUCAAGUUAUAGCUCCUUUUCCCCAAUUGGGUUGUCGAAAAGUCUGAAACUUUGUAGGAAUUUUCCCGUCUGGGGAAGUACCCGUAUUACGUUUUGCUCUAGGAGUCAGGUGUAUGAUAUUUUUCCAAGUACCCAUUUGGGGAACAAGUCUGAAGGGGAUGGGGUUGUAGAGAAUGAAGAGCUUGAGCUGCUGGAUAAGCCUUCCCCUGUACCUAUAAGUAAUGGGUCUGCUUUGGAAGUGGAUAAUGAUUCCGAAAAAUCGGAUGAAGAAUCGGAAAUGGUUGAUAAAGACGAGGCAUUGGCGCCUUUCUUGAAGUUUUUCGCUCCGAGAGAUAGUGCGGAUGGAGAGGGAGUGGAAGAAAAGGGAGGGGAGGUUGGAGUUUUCGAGGAAGAAAGUGAAUUGGAUGGUGAUAAUGAGGAGGCUGAGAAGGUUAAUGUGGAGUACUAUGAACCGAAACCGGGUGAUUUUGUGGUUGGAAUUGUUGUUUCAGGCAACGAGAAUAAACUUGACGUGAAUGUCGGAGCAGACUUGUUGGGUACAAUGCUGACUAAGGAAGUACUGCCUUUGUAUGACAAAGAGAUGGAUUACUUGUUAUGUGAUACAAAUUAUGACGCCGAGGAGUUUAUGGUUAGAGGGAAGAUGGGAAUUGUGAAAAAUGAAGCUGUGAUGGGGGGACCUGUGCCGGGAGGGCCCGUUGUUGAAACCGGAACUGUUUUGUUUGCUGAGGUUCUUGGAAGAACGCUCAGCGGUAGGCCUUUGCUUUCAACUAGACGGCUCUUCAGGCGAAUUGCUUGGCACCGAGUGAGGCAGAUAAAACAACUCAAUGAACCUAUUGAAGUUAGAAUUACAGAAUGGAAUACUGGAGGCCUUCUGACAAGAAUCGAGGGUCUGCGAGCUUUCCUUCCAAAAACUGAGUUAAUGAGUAAAGUGAACAACUUCACUGAAUUGAGAGAGAAUGUGGGUUGCCGGAUGCAUGUGCAGAUUACUCGAAUAGACGAAGCUAAGAAUGACUUAGUUUUGAGUGAGAAAGAAGCUUGGGAACUGUUAUACCUUAAGGAGGGAACACUUUUAGAAGGAACUGUCAAGAAAAUCUUUCCAUAUGGAGCCCAAGUGAGGAUAGGAGAAACUAACAGGAGUGGCUUGUUGCAUAUAUCAAACAUCACUCGUGCUCGAAUUACCUCAGUCAGUGACAUACUUAAGGUUAAUGAGAAGCUCAAAGUUCUGGUUGUGAAGUCGAUGUUUCCUGACAAAAUAUCUCUCAGCAUUGCUGACCUUGAAAGUGAGCCUGGCCUCUUUUUGUCGAACAGAGAGAAAUUAUUUUUGGAGGCUCAAAUGAUGGCAAAGAAGUAUAGGCAAAAGCUGCCUGCUGUUCUUACCAACCGCAAGUCAGGAUCCCCUGAAAACGAUGCUCUGCCUUUUCACAAAUUAAGCAUGUAUGCAAAUUGGAAGUGGUUCAAAUUCGAAAAGUAAUAAGAACCAAGCUGAUGCUUAAGGUUGCCCUGCGAUACUGGUAGUUUGAAAGAGCACUGUUUAACUUUGCCAUCCAUCUCAAAGCACACAUUCCUCAAGCGUCGAUAGGUAAGAAAAGCAAACUAUUUUGUUUUGUGAUGAGUCUUAGAUUAGGGAAUUUACCUCACUAUCCAUUAGAAAAUAUGUAGUUUGCAAAAGGAAAAAGCAUAAGAUGGUUGCGGUACAGCAUUUUUCACAUGGCAUUCCGUUUAAAGAUUCGAAAAGAACUCGAACCAAACAUAUUCAUUCGGAAAUUCAAAGUCUCAUUUGUUAGUUGGUCAUUGCUCUCACAUCUUCGAUCUUCAUCUGUAAUUGAACUCAACUCGAGUAUGAUCGUACACUCAUGUCCUAAUUAUUUGUGCAAUCUGUGUAUUCAUCACCUAGCUAUUUCCAA